CCGAUUCAUCAUUUCCUUUUCUUCUCUCUCUCUCCCUGUCUCUCUGGUUUCUUCAACUCAAACGCUAUCACUCCUAGUUUACUACUUUUCAUUCAUUCAAUUCUUUCCUUCCUCCUACUGCUCAUCCAUGGCCACUACUGCACUUGAUGCUCAGACUGUUACUGUUGUAGCAGUAGCAGUACCAGAAUCUGAAUCUGAAUCAGAUCAUCACCAGCCAGUGGAGAAGAAGGUUAACGAAGAAAUUCAAGCAACCAAAGAGGAAAAUAUUCUUCUACCCAAGGAUGAUGGAAAGAAGGAUGAAACUGAAAAACCUGAAGAAGAGAACUCUUCUGGUACCAAAAAUCCUGUCACUAAAACAGAAGACACACUACAUGAUAAGAAAAAUGAACUUUCUGUAAUUGCCGAGGUCGAAAAAGUUGACAACAUAUCUGCUUCAGAUAUUCCUCCAGAAGCUGACAAAAAAGAUGCAGAUAUUUCGGUUUCUUCCACUAUAGAUUCUGUAGGUCAGAUUGUUGAAGCAGAAAGCGAGGCAAAACCAAUAAGUGAAAAUUUAUCGGAGGAGAAAGUGGCCAUGGAAUCAUUUAAAGAAAUAGCGGAGGAGAAACCAGCAGCUGAAGCUAUAAAAGAAGUAGCGGAGGAGAAAUCAGUAGUUAAAGCAGUUGACAUUUUGUCAGAGGAGAAACCAGUAGCUGAAAAUAUGCAAGAGGAGAAACUAGCAGCUGAAAAUGUGCAAGAGGAGAAACCAGUUGCAGUUGAAGAAGUUGAAAAAGCAGAGGAGCAGAAACCAGUAGCAAUUGCAGUAGUUGAAACUGCACAAGAGGAGAAACCAGUUGCAACUGAAGAAGUUGAAAAAGCAGAGGAGGAGAAACCAGUAGCAAUUGAAGUAGUUGAAACUGCACAAGAGGAGAAAUCAGUUGCAACUGAGGAAUUUGAAAAGGCAGAGGAGGAGAAACCAGUAGCAAUUGAAGUAGUUGAAACUGCACAAGAUGAGAAAAAUGCCCAUGAAAAUGUGCAAGAAAAUAAACCAGCAGUGCAAAAUGUACAAGAAGAAAAACCAGUAGUUGAAAAGGUAAAUGAGGAGAAGCAAUCCUUUGAAAAUGUACUCGAAGAACAGAGCCCAGCACUUGAAGAUGUACAAGAGGAGAAACCAGUAGUCCAAGAGGUGCAAGAGGAAAAGCCAGCAGUUGAAUACAUACAAGAGCAGAAACCAACAGUUGAAGAUUUACAAGAGCUGAAGCCAGCGGUUGAAGAUGUAGAGGAGGAUAAGAAGCCAGCAAUCGAAGACGUUCAAGAAAAGAAACCAGCAACCGAAGAUGUGCAAGAGGAGAAACCAGCAGUUGAAGAUGUGCAGGAGGAGAAACCAGCAGUUGCAGAUGUACAAGAGGAGAAACAAGCAGUUGAAGAUGUACAAGAGGAGAAACCAGCAGUUGAAGAUGUACAAGAGGAGAAACCAGCAGCUGAAAAUUUACCAAAGGAGAAACCAGCAGUUGAAGGUGUGCAGGAGGAGAAACCAGCAGUUGAAGAUGUACAAGAGGAGAAGCCAGCAGUUGAAGAGGCAGAAGACGAGAAACCACUGGUUGAAGAUGUACAAGAGGAGAAACCAAUGGUUGAAGAUGUACAAGAGAAGAAAACAACAGUUGAAGAUGUAAAAGAGGAAAAGCCAGCAAUUGAAAAUGUACAAGAGGAGAAACCAGCAGUUGAAAAUGUAGAAGAGGAGAAACCAGCAGUUGAAGAUGUACAAGAGGAGAAACCAACAGUUAAAGAUGUACAAGAGGAGAAACCAACUGUUGAAAAAGUUGAAACUGAAAUUCUGGAUAAAUCAGCAGUCGAAACUGUCCAACAAAAGCUAGAGGAAAAAUCAGAAAUUGAUAAUGUAGAGCCCCUUUCAUUGACUGAAGCAGUUGACAAAAAUGUGAAUACAAGCUCAAAUGAUGUUGCUGAAGGUCUGUUAAAGGAGGUUGCAGAAAUUAAGGAAGACAAGAAUGUCAAAACUGAAGAGAAGAAUGGGAAAAUUGAAGAACCAGUUGAAAGUGAAAGAAUCAAAGAUGGAGAUAUGAAUGGAUCCAAUAGUGUUGCUGAAGCAGCAGAAAAGGGAGAGCAGGUUUCUAGGCAUGUGGAGGUGAUAAAGGAAAAAGAGACAAACAAUGACAAAGAGGAGACAAAGAAAGCUGAUAGAGAAGAAGGUGUUGGUGAGAAGAAGUCUGAUCCCCCUGCCAAGGAACUAACCAAAGAAGGUGAUGACACAAAAACAGUUAAAGCUACACAGAAGUCAUCAGGGAACAUAAUGUCCAAGGUCAAACAAUCAAUGGUUAAGGUGAAAAAAGCUUUAAUUGGGAAAUCUCCAAGCUCCAAAACCAUGCAGCCUGAAGCAAAAGGAGGUGAAAAAGUGCAUUAAUUAAAUUUGAGGAGAAAAGAGAUAGUUUAAAGUGAUAAUUUUUUAUGCUGUUUCUGUGGUUGUGGUUAGGUAUGGUAUAUUUGUUUAAUUUUUCUUGAAUGGCUUACCUUAAUUUUGGUUUAUGAGCAGGUGUACAUAGAACUUAAUGACCAUACACCUUGUUUUAUGUGAGGAUUUGGAAGAGAGUUUUUUUUUUUUUUUUUUUUUUUUUUUUUUUUUUUUUUUUUUUUUUUUUUUUUUUUUUCUGGGGUUCCUUUUCACAUUAGCUACAUGUAAUACUUUGUCUUGGUUGAUACUGCCUAGUUCUGGUGA